GUGAACCUUGGGGUGCUGGUGACAAUUGGGGGUUAGUCUGUGGGGCUCCAGCCUGGUCUGCCGUGGUAAUUGCAUGGGAAUUCUAGUGUUUGGAUCCGUGCUCCAUUUCAGCACAAACAGUUCGAGAUUGUUGGGAUUCUAAAGGAGGAGAUUAGGAUUUGGAUAAUCGUCUGCUCACAUUUCAUGCAAUUUUGAGAUAAUUUCCUUUGAUCUGCUAGACUGCGACUGGUGUGACGGAUUGGCAAAUUUCAACUGAACUUUUUGUGCUUCUCCUGGAUGAGUCAUGGUUCAGUUGGUUUUGGUUGAAAUGUUUACUCCUUUGUCCAAUGAGGUGAUAAUCGGGUAAUCAUGAUGCUUGUAUGCAGUGUCACUCUGGAGCGAGAAUAAUCUAAACAUUUCAGUGAGGUUUAUCCGCACUGGUGUGGCUGCCAGCUGGCCUCCUGAUUAAGCUGAAUCCCUUGCAGUAAAUGAGGGUUGCAUUUUGCUCAAUUUGGAUAUUAUCAAAUCUAGAGGGUGUCCCAUUCGUCCAUUCCCAAUUUUCAGUUUUGUUCAGAAGUGCUUAAUUGUUCAAAUUCUAUCUAAUUAGUGCCUUAGUGGGGGCAUCCUGAAUAACAAAAGCAGUUAUGAAGUACUUUCGUAAUGAUUUUUACCAACUGUAGAGCUUCAUCCAAAUUCCAAACAAGGAUAUGGCAGAUAUGAGGAGCUGUUAUGAUAAUUUGCUUUCUGUUGCGGCAGCAAUUGCAAAUAGUGCAUAUGAGUUCUCUGAAGCACUACAGGAAAUGGGCACUUGUUUACUUAAAAGAGUCACACCAAAUAAGGACGGAAUAAAUGAUAAGGUUUUGCUGUUGCUCGGGAAAGCACAAUUUGAACUUCGGAAACUUGUAGAUAGUUAUCGUGUACAUGUUCUUAAUACGAUAACCACUCCAUCGCAGUCCCUUCUUAGUGAGCUUGAAACUGUGGAGGAAAUGAAGCGUCAGUGUGAUGAAAAAAGAGAAUUGUUCGAAUUCAUGCAAAAUGCACAGAAAGAAAAGGGAAGGUCUAAGAAUACUAAAGGUGAUACAGGUGCAUCAGAGCAAUUGAAACAAGCUCAGGAAGAUUAUCAAGAGGAAGCAACCCUUUUUUUGUUCCGAUUAAAGUCAUUGAAGCAAGGACAGUUCCGAAGUCUUUUCACACAAGCUGCUCGGCACCAUGCUGCUCAGCUAAAUUUGUUCAGAAAGGGGCUCAAGUCUCUUGAGGCUGUAGAGCCACAUGUUAGGCUUGCUGCUGAGCAACAGCACAUUGAUCAUCAGUUCAGUGCACUUGAAGAGGAGGAUUGCUAUGUUGAGGAUGAAUACGAUGACAAUUACAAUGACAGUCAUGAUGGAGAGCUGUCUUUUGAUUAUGGAGAAACUAAGGAAGCUGAAGAAGCUGACAAUACAGAGGAUUUUUUUAAUAGAAGCAGAGAUGAGUAUUCCUCUGCUCCCCGUGAAAGACACAGAGCUGUCAGUCAGUCAGCCCCCCUUUUCCCUGAGAAAAAGCUCGAGACGGAAGAGAGAAUAAAAGAAUUGCGGCGUUCUGCAACGAGGAAGUUAAAUACUUAUGUUUUGCCUACUCCAAAUGAUGUUGGAGCCACCUCUCAGAUAGUUUCAGGAAAUCCUACUUCUGGAUCUCUUCUUGAAAGCAAAGGUGCAAUACAUUCAUCUCCACUCCACCCAUCUGCAGAUAUUGGAGUUUUGAGAGACAAGUUACCUAGUCCUACACGAUUAUCUACUGCACAGUCUGUGCUGAAAGAGAGCAAUAUGAAUACUGCAGAAACAAGGAAAGUGCUUCCAGUGGGUGAUCUGUCAUUACCAGGCUAUUAUGAUUCGAAUACUCCUGACAACAAAAAGGUGAAGAGAGGGUCCUUUUCGGGUCCAAUAGCUUCCAGACCAAGGUCAACAGAGAACAUUGAUGUUUUCUCUGCACCGCCUAGGCACAGCUCUGCACAUCAACCAGCAAUUCACGUCAGAGUUUCUCCCAACACCUCCCCGCCACCCAUUUCCUCACCCAAAAUCAAGGAACUUCAUGCACUUCCUCGACCGCCUGUUAAUUCAUCAAAAAAUUCAACAUUUUCCAGCUUAGUUGCCCACUCUGCCCCGCUGGUACCAAAUUCUGCCUCUAUAGCACCCAAAGUCCAAGAUCAUUUUAGGGCUAGACAAACACCACCAAGUGCUCCACAAACUGCAUCACCUUUGCCAACGCCACCUCCUGGGCCUAUAGCCCGUAGUUUUUCUAUACCUUCUAGGGGCAUGAGAACACCAGGGAUUUCAGAUAGUAAAGAAACAGAAGAUCAUCACGAAAAAGGAGCUGCCAGAAUGAGCCUCUCUUCUCUUCCUUCAUCGCAAACAUUCUUGGAAGAUCGUCAGCCAUUGUCAGCAUCUGCCGAGUCAGUUAGCAGAACAUAGGGGUAUUUUGUGUAAAAGUGGAUUUUUAUGAUAUCAUGCUAAUCAAGCGGCGCAGUUACCUCCUUGUGGAAGAACAUUGUACAUAUUAGCAUGUAAACUCAGCCAAUAUUGCAUAGUUGGUGUUUGGUGUGCCCUCUGGUCAAGAUGUAGUUGUGCAAAUAACGGGUUGUGGAAUAAAAGCCCCUUUUCUCACUCUCUCCGAUUAAUUGUAAGAUUUGUGUGUUUUGCCUUUGAAGCAAGGCUUUGUUUGCCA